AUGGAGAAGUUCGCUUGCCGCGUAGAAGCAGUGAGAAGGCGGCGGUGCAGCCCAGCGUUGUGGUCGACAGAGUCGAACCCCCAGAAAGAAUCCGGGGAACCCACUACACUAGUAUUGCAUCUAUUGCCCAGAAAGUCAGAGAUUGAGGAAUUGCUGUCAAAACCAAGCCACGAAGAAAGAGAAGACGUUCAAGAAUUAUGCGAAAUGUUUAACGCCCAUGGUAUUCUAAUUAAUGACACGUUUUCCUCUACAAACAAUGUUUUCCGAAAGUUUUGUGUGUACGGAACGAAAGUAGAUUGCCAAAAAGCCAGAAAGACUCCGCAAGCAUGCCACAGAGUCCAUUUUAGACCAAUGUUGAAACCACACACUGAUUUGGAUCUUGGUGAUUGCUCAUAUCUGAAUACUUGUCAUCGUAUGGAUACAUGCAAAUAUGUUCAUUAUGAGCUAGAUGAAGAUGAAGUUGAAUGGAAAUACGUUCAACGGAAACCAAUUCCGCCCAGUGUUUUAUAUACACAUCCUACAAAAGUUCUUCCGCCGCAAUGGAUAAAUUGUGACGUGAGAAAGUUUGAUUUUUCAGUUCUGGGGAAAUUCACCGUUAUCAUGGCUGAUCCUCCAUGGGACAUACACAUGACUCUGCCAUAUGGCACGAUGACUGAUGAUGAAAUGAAAGCAAUGGCAAUUUCUGAUUUACAAGAUGAAGGAUUGAUAUUUCUGUGGGUUACUGGGCGCGCUAUGGAAUUAGGACGCGAAUGUCUUGCCAUAUGGGGUUACGACAGAGCUGACGAGUUGGUGUGGAUAAAGACUAAUCAACUACAAAGACUUAUUCGUACGGGACGCACAGGACAUUGGUUGAAUCAUAGCAAAGAACAUUGUCUUGUAGGCAUCAAGGGAAAUCCAGAGGGACUUAACCUUGGCAUGGAUUGUGACGUACUGGUAGGAGAAGUUCGCGAAACUAGUCGUAAGCCAGAUGAAAUAUAUGGACUUAUUGAUCGAUUAGCACCCGGUACUCGUAAACUGGAAAUAUUUGGACGUCAACACAACACGCGUCCUGGCUGGUUGACACUCGGUAACCAGUUGGAUGACGUUCGACUAUAUGAGCAUGAUGUAGUUGCACGCUACAACGCUCGUUAUACGGAUAAGCCUUGUAGUUUGACAGAAUUACCACCAGAUUGGUAG